AUGCCAUCCUCGGUUGCCUGUCUGUGUGGGCAAGUGGUGCUGCCCAUCACCCUGAAGUCGUCAUCGAAACUGGAUUUAUGUCACUGUCACCGCUGUCGCGCCGCUUCGGGCCUGCUGUGCUCGGCCUAUUACUUCAUCCAGCAGAAACCGCCUGCCCUCACGGGUCUGCGCGAGUACCGACAGUCCGACCAUGCCUCGCGAUUCUUCUGUAGGACCUGUGGUGCUCACGUCUUCGCUCGUUCGGCGUCGGGGGAGUUUCUAGUUGCGGCGGGGGUUCUCGCAGUUGAGGAUACACCACCCGUCUCGACAGUGCAGCACUGGCAGGUCGCUGACACUGGCGACGGAGGACUCAGCACGUUCCUGGCAGGCGCCAUAUCUCCUACCCCAGGCUGUCUGUUGAGCGCCGGGCAAAGCGACCCCCAAAGUCCAAGCUCUGACAACAACAUUGACAAACUACAAGCGCGUUGCGACUGCGGCGGCAUUGAUUUCUACGUCACCCCACCAGAUCCAUCCUCCGUGGAAGCAGCAUCCCCCUGGUCCGACCUGCUCGUGCCAUUCCACUCGUCAUCAUCCGCCAACCCGGACGACGUCAAGUGGUGGCUGCGCGACGGGAACACCAAGUAUCUCGCCGGCACCUGCGCCUGCACCUCCUGUCGCUUGGGGAGCGGGUUUCCCAUCCAGACCUGGGCCUUUAUCCCCAAGUCCAAUCUGUGGAAUGCAGACGGCUCGCCCCUCACUUUCACCCAUGGAUCCAUGCAGCGGUAUAACAGCUCACCAGGUGUAUACAGGGAAUUCUGCAGUCGCUGCGGCGCCAAUGUCUUCUGGCAUUGCGAUGAGCGGCCGUCGCUGAUCGAUGUGAGUGUGGGUUUGCUCCGUUCGCGGAAUGUCCGUGCCGAGGAGUUGUUGGAUUGGGCUACGGGGCGAGUAAGUUUUGCAGAGAUGGGAGUACAACAGGACCUGGUGUGGUUGUUGGAAGAUGGCCUGAAGGAAUAUGGAGCGUCAAAGGAGUAG